GCCAGAAUUAACUUCACUUUUUUUUCCCAUUUCCCAGCAGGCAGUAAGUGUUCUGGAAAUACCCAUCAUUUUUACCAGCUGUGGCUAAAUACCAGUGAUGUCCAGUUCUCACCAAUUUCAGGCUUUCUUAACUGGCUAAUAUUCAUGACUAUUUGGCACAUAAAACUGGAAAGUUGACGAUAGAAGCAUGAAUCGUAAUUAAAACUCCUGAGACAUAGCUGCAUCAUUCUAACACACAAAAAUGGUGAAAUUAUGUGCUGGAUAACUCAAGCAUGUGUUCAUAAUUAAGACUGCUGAGACAUAGCUGUAUCAUUUUUAACACACAAUAAUGGCGAAAUUAUGUGCUGAAUUACUCAAGCAUGUGUCUGUGUGUAACCAUUCAUAAUGCCCAAAUAGAUAAAAAGUACUGCACUGCACUUGAACAUUCAUGUGUAUAGGUUGAUUUCACAGUAUGAUUGAUGCAAUGUUUAAUGAAGGACUUUAUUUUAGUGCAGCAUUUCUGUAAUGUGCGUGCACUACUGCAUUGGCCUCACCUUUUUUUGCAUUGACAUCAGGUUGAAGAAAAGGAGGGCAUGUGCCUUUGAGCUGCAGCAUACCAGCACGAACGACUGCGGAGAUUACGACCAGCCAACUGCUAGUCCAGGGUCUCCUACAAUUGAAUUUGAUGGCAAAAAUCAAGUGGAAAGAUGUGAGGUCGGAACAAUGACAUCACUUGAAGUUCACGAGGUUGGCACCUUGAUGCCAUUCAAAGAUUGUGAUGAGCGUCGUAGAGUGAAAAGACGGCACAUUGGCACAAUGACAUUUUUGCAGCCGGGAGAGCUCCCUUGCCGGCCUUAUGCGUUCUUCUGUGUCUCAGAUGGCAGAAAUGCAUCCACACAGACUUGGUGCAAAUACAUUUCAGUGCAGUCUACUCAGACUCAUACACCUUUUGCUACAGCACCACCACCGCCACCACGUGGUCGCUCACUGGUGGCAGUUAGUAAUGCAGCGGUUGGGCCAGACCACAAGUCAGUGUGCUUUGCCAGAGCACAGUCAACAGCCUCACAUGGUUGCUCACUGGUGGGGGUCAGUAAUGCAAUGGUGGGGCCAGACCACAAGUCAGUGGGUUUUCCUGGAGCACAGUCAGCAGUAGCAACCUGUGAUCGCCCACCGGUGACUGUUAGUAAUGUGGCGGUGGGACCAGACCACAAGACAGUCUGCUUCAUUGGAGCACAGUCUAUGCAUCAAGAUGACGAAUCUAUGCAAAGCCUCUGUGCGGUGACUGCAACCAUGUUCGCACUUCUGGUGAGCAUCAUUCCCAGUGCAAGAACUUUCCAUGGCAUCUCCAAAGCUGACCGUCUCACCCUUUUUCUGAUGAAGUUGAAAACUGGACUCACAUAUGGUUCAUUGGCAGCACUGUUUGGUAUUCACAGCACAACAGUAGCAAGGUGUUUUCACAGUGUUCUGAAUGCACUGUUUGAAAAAACAUGUUCAUGGAUAGAAUGGAAGCAAAGCACUGAUGUGCUCUCCAAGGCACCAGACUACUUUAAGUUGCACUAUCCAAACUGCAAGAUCAUUAUUGACUGCACAGAGGCUCGGGUGGCACAGCCUGCACCAGUAGAGAUACGGGACUUUUACACCUGUUCUAAAGGAACAUUUUCAGCUAAGUUUUUGUUUGGAGUUGCCCCAAAUGGAGCCUUGACAUUUGUGAGGAGUGCGGAGGAGAGAGGUAGUUUAUUAAAUGAGUUCACAGCUGCUGCCUCCCCACUGGAUCCCACAGAUGUUCUCCCUCACAAACCCUCUGCAAAAUCUGCCAACUUGUCACAGUCAAGUGAAAUUCCGGUCACGCCUCCAUCAUCAAAUGGAGAAUGCUCAAACUCUGACAGAGUAGCUGCAGUCCAUUCAGUGUACAGUGUUCGUAUGCACGUGGACCGAAUGAUUCACAGGCUCAAGUUUUUUAACAUUCUGAACCUGCCACUUUCAUCUGAUCUUCAAGAUAAAAUGGAUCGAAUUGUGCAUGUCAUUUGCAUUCUGGCAAACCUACAGGGUAGCAUUUUAAAAAGCAGUGAUCAUAUCCUCUGAAAGUAGUAUUUUCUUAUUGUUUGUGGCACCUACAAAACAAAAUUUAUAUUUAUUUAUUUUGUUACUCCUGACAGUCAUUUUACAGCAGCUUGCUAUGCCUUGUGUCUCUCAGUGCUGUGUAUCAUAUGAAAGCAACAUAUGAAAUAUCAAAGCUUUAACUUGUCACGGUUGAAUGAUCUCAAUUAUUUAUUUAUCGUUUUCACCUCUGUUCAAUGUGACAUUGUACAAUAAAAGUGCAGUGCUCA